AUGGAGAACACCAUCUAUACAGUCUCUUUGAAGGAUGGUCAGCUUCGUCUCCUACACCUCUCCCCGGGUUGCGACAGCGAACCCCUAACCUGUAUGACGAGCAUCGAAGAUGCGGAUGCGCCGCAACACUAUGAAGCAGUAAGCUAUCUAUGGGGCAGUAUGGACUACAAAGAAGUCGUCCACUGCGCAAGUCGUGAUGUUGAAGUUACCCGCAAUGGUGCCCAAGCCUUACGACGUCUUCGGCUGAAAGAUAAUGCUAGGGUGUUAUGGAUGGACCAGAUCUGCAUCAACCAAGCUGACCUCCAGGAACGAUCACAAUAG